AUGGAGAGCGUCAACGUAGCUCAUUCAAGCCCAGACGGCCUCCAGAGGCUUGCGGAAGCUCUCCGUGCCGACCCCAACCUGGCUGACCUACACAAUGUGGAGGAGCUGAUGACGGAGGUGGACAGUGAUGCUUUCCCGCAGGCUUCGGUUUGGGAGAGAAGUUGGACGUCGAUGAGAUGUGUCGUUGCUGACACCGCAGAGACGCCACCCUCUCUCAGCACGUGCAUUUCCAUGAGCGUUUUGGUCCUACCACGAGGCACCAAGCUCGAGUGGCACCGAUAUCACGAAGCUCGGAGUUUUUCGAGGCAACUUUUCGGGAAUUUGAGCAUCUGUGAUGCAGAGCUCCAAGGAUCUGACAAUGCGCGGAAGCUGGAGCAACAGGAGCUUGAGGCGACGUAUGCGGAUGGCUGGGCAGUGGGAGGCAGCGAGGAGAGCGACUGUGUGUGCAGGGGAGGGAGAUGCCCUCGAAUGUGGGACUGCCCUUUCUGGGUCGACCGGAGAAGGGCAGAAGCCAAGGGCAGCAGUGCUCAUGUUGCACUCAGGACCCCAGAAGAAUCAUCCCGUGAGGCCUGUUGGAGAGCGGGACCUCAAACCGUCAGGCGAAUAGAAGCGCUAGAGCCUUCCGCUCUUCUCGAAGUCCACGUUGGUCCAAGAAAUACACGGUACUACAAGGAGAUUCCGUCACAGACGGAGGACGCGGUGGAGCUAAUCGAAACCUUGACGCCGCUUGGAGUCAAGCCAGGCGUUUGUCGAUACCUCGGACCCUCUGUGGAUCUUCGAGGGUAGAAUUGUCGCGCUGAAAAGCACCUCGAGCGGGGGAUGGAACGUAUCGGCCGUAGUGAAACGCAGCUUUUGAAAUCUGCAGGUUGACGGCCGUAACCACUGUUACUUUCGCCAAGGCGGCAUGCUACCGGACCCCUUUCGGACUACGCUUGUGUAGCGGACACCGUUUUUGUUUGCACACCAUAGAUAAACAAUCUCCACCUUGGUGGGCCAGCGAACCCAGGAAAAGUAACGACGUA